AGAAGGAUCACGCCAGAGGCCAGUUGCCGGGGAACAAAAAGGCAAUGAUCGCGGGUGGUGAUCAGAUAAGAAAUUAAGCCCCGAUCCAAUCCCAAUGCCCCUUUCCCUCCCUCCCCCCCGGCAUGACCGAGAAGAGCGCCGGGCUGCUCGGCUGAAGAUGUCACUCCAGAUUGCUGCAGUCCCAGGGACUCCGCGGGAAGCAGCAGCGAAACCAUCUCAUUUAAGAGGCGCCCGGGCGUAAGAGCGGUUCCCUCCGGGGAUAUUUGGUGGAAAAUGUACGCCAGUCGUGAAGAUAUUGGCUAUGAUUGUGAAGAUGAUUCCAAAGACAAAGAGAAGAAGAUUAUGCCAAAUCCAGAUAUUGAUGGUGGAUGGGCUUGGAUGAUUGUCCUUUCUUCAUUCCUGGUGCACAUACUCGUCAUGGGAUCACAAAUGGCCCUUGGUGUUCUCAACAUGGAAUGGCUUGAAGAAUUCAGCCAAAGUCGAGGCCUGACGGCAUGGGUCAGCUCUCUCAGUAUGGGUAUUACUCUGAUUGUUGGUCCUUUUAUUGGUUUGUUCAUUAACACCUGUGGUUGCCGGAAGACAGCAAUAACUGGAGGAAUCUUGAAUGGCCUAGGAUGGAUAUUGAGUUCCUAUGCCUCAAAUGUGCAUUACCUAUUUAUUACAUUUGGGGUUACAGCGGGUAUUGGGAGUGGCAUGGUGUACCUGCCUGCUGUGGUCAUGGUAGGAGAAUACUUUCAGAAGAGAAGAGCACUUGCCCAGGGACUCAGCACAACUGGGACCGGGUUUGGUGCUUUCCUGAUGACGGUUUUACUGAAAUAUCUUUGUUUGGAGUUUGGCUGGAGGAAUGCAAUGUUCAUCCAGGGUGCAGUCUGUCUGAACCUGUGCAUUUGCGGAGCACUCAUGAGACCAAUUUAUUACAAGAAGGAGGCUGCUGAAAAAAGUGGAGAGAGAAACAACAGCCAAAGCAAGAGUCAGGCAGAAACUCUCUCCUGCUCUGCAGAAACACUGACAUCUAAUGGCAUCCUAUGGGAAGAAGAAAAAGAAGCAAAAGAAGAGCAAGAUAAGGAUGAAAAGUGUAACACUUUUCCAGCCUUGGAAAACAAAGAUGUAGCCAGAUAUGACAAAAAUAUCUAUGCUCUUUGCAUGCUAAAGACAGUGAGCCAACUGACUGUUACAAUCCGGAAAGGCUUUGGAGCCUGGUAUUCUAGUUACUUCGGCACUGCAUCCCUCUUCACCAACAGAAAGUUUGCAGCCUUUGUGUUUUGGGCCUUGUUUGCAUACAGCACCUUUGUCAUCCCUUUUAUUCAUCUUCCAGAAAUAGUGAAACAAUAUAACCUAUCUAUACAGAAUGAUAUCUUCCCUUUGACCUCUAUUAUUGCCAUUGUCCACAUUUUUGGUAAGGUUAUCCUUGGCAUUAUUUCUGAUUCACCCUGCAUCAGUGCUUGGAAUGUCUUCAUGGCAGCCAACUUUACUCUUGUCUCCUGCAUUCUUAUUUUGCCACUAAUGCACACAUAUGCUGGGCUAGCAGUGGCCUGUGCCCUAAUAGGAUUUUCCAGUGGAUAUUUUUCACUUAUGCCUGUAGUAACUGAAGAUUUAGUUGGGAUUAAGCACCUUGCAAAUGCCUAUGGAAUCAUCAUUUGUGCGAAUGGGAUUUCAGCGCUCCUGGGACCACCAUUUGCAGGCUGGAUUUAUGACCUGACACAAAAAUAUGACUUUUCUUUCUACAUAUGCGGCUUGCUUUACAUGGUGGGAAUACUCACUUUACUCAUACAGCCUUGUAUGGGAAAAAUAAAGCCAUCACCAGCAAAAAACACAGAAGAUGGGAAAGUAUAGGAGAACGUACUUAGUGUUUAUAAACAGAAUGUUUUCUGAAAAUAGUACCAAACAGUACAUCUAAUGGGACCAACUGGACUGAAAGUCACAAACUUUGGACGCGAAAGAAAGUUCACACUGCCACUGUUAAUGGACUGAUGGAAAAAACCUUCAGCUGGUAGUUUUAUUGCUACACGUAAGGUAACCUCUUUAAUACCCACAUAAUGGUGCAAGUUGAUCAGUAGUUGAAAAUUAGUUCUUUUUUUGUUAUUCAGGGAGGUUUGACACAAGCAUAAUUCAACAGACUGGAAUGUAAUUACUCUAUUAUUUACACUAACAGGAAAAAGAGGGGGAAAAGAAUGAGCCCCGUUAGGAAUCACAUAUGUGAAUAAUUCCUAUUGAUUAUUCCAACUGUUAAUAAAUUAGUUGUUGAACAUCAGCCAAACAUCCACUUGUGACAAUUAAUAUGACAGUUUCUUCCUUUAAGGACUCCUGAUAAUGAAAAAGUUAGGGUUUUUUUGUUAUGGGAUACACGAUUUUGUCUGCAGACCACAAAUCAAUUUAUUCUAUUGAAGCUAGCUAAAAUAAUUUUGAAAUGCCAACAUGGAAAAGAAGUACAACAAAAAGUUAAAAGCUUUAAGUGGUUACUUGUGGGGGAGAUACAUCAUGGUUCUUAGGAUUAAAGGAUUAGUAGCAAAGGUUAAAAUCUACUGCUGCUAAUUUCUUCAGUUUACGUAUUUAGCUAGAAGGUAGCUGUCAGCUGGAGUUGACAACAGUGUCAGCAGAUCCUAGUUCAACUGCAACUUUAGCCCUCGUUGCACAGGUACAAUGGGGCUUCCUCUGUAGAGUUCAAUUCCAGUUUUGCUGGCUGUGGUACGGUAGGUCCCCACUUUACAGCGCUUCGCUUCACAGCGAUUCGCUAAUGCAGUGGUCUCAAUUAGACGCAAUUAGACUAAAGCCCCACUCAUACAGCGCUUGUUCCACUUUUACGGCGGUUUUCUGGCAUUGCACACCAUUCUAUUGAAUGAGUUCUGCUUUUCAGUGGUUUUCACUUUACAGCGCGGGUCCAGAACAUAACCCGCCAUAUGAGUGGGGCCCUACUGUAUUAGAAGUUAAGCUAAUAGAAUAGUUAGAAAGUAGCGAACUGUGUUCAUUUCAGUUCACAGGAGUUACUAAAAACUCAGUUCAGAAUCAGCUUCCUUGGCUUCAGUAAAAAUAGCACAAAUGUUGACCAGCAUGAUAUAGGGACCAGAGCUCAACACCCUCUCUCAAGAUAUGUCAAAUCUCCUCCCCUUAUGUACAGCAUCCUAUGCAAAACAAGCAAGGCUGAAUUGUCCAGCAAGCAGAUGUUAAGGAGUAUCAAUCAUGGCUCUUACAAAUACAUCACUAAAGAUUGUGACAAUCUUCCACCAUCUCCAUCUUCCUCUCUAGAAUGAAAUAGCUUCUUCUCUAGUGUUCCUGCACCAUAUACCAAGCUGACACUACUUCUGCAUGGGAGACAGCUCCUGAGACUCUGUAACCAAGGGACAAAGCCCAUUCCCAACCUCAGUGCAAAGGAAUUAAGGUCUACACUUUCCCUAGUUCUUGGGAUUCCAUUGUGUGAUUCUGUUACCUGCUGCAUUAUGCAGCAAAAGCAGGACUGGAUUCUAAUGGUUGAAUAAUUUAGAUGUAGAAAUUUUUGUGUCCAAUUGUAAAAUACAGUGCAAUAAGGACCAGACUGCAUGUUAAAACACAAACAUGUAAAAAAAUAUUCUAGGCAAAGUAGCUUUAGUACAUGUCACUUUCUAGCAGAGAAGUGGAUGACUAGCCCUUGCCAAGGCCACUGCUUUAUAGCUGGAACUUCCUUCCCCAAGACAAUUUUCCUGCCUGUAGGAUUCUAAGUAUGUAUUUACCUUCCAGUACAUGACUUUAAAUCCAUGUGUAUGGGGGGAACUAGGUGAGGGGACCAGUUGCAGCAAAAAAAGGGGAAAGGAAAGGGUUAAGCAUCCCUAAUCCCUGCUGUUUCUCCACUGCAGAUUGCCCCCUCCUGAAGCUUUAUGCUUUACCGAGAAAAAAUUAGCCCUUCGUGUACUGUUUUUUUACUGUUGUGGAGAAACAUUUUAUCCAUGUAUAAAACUAAUCUCCCCAUGAUUCUUGCCAAAGACCGAAAGACAAUCUCGCAGUUCUAUAUCAGCUAAAAAGAAUUUUUAAUAUUCAUUUUACUGCCUCCUGCAACCUGGCAGUGUAACAACCUCUCAAUCGGUUUUCCAGUCUGGAAAAAAUGCUUCCAGAGACAUUCUGAAAUCUGCCUUAUAGUUUGUGUCAUUUAAAAUUGCACUGUUUUUAAUUUUAUGGUGUAACCUCAAGGAACCAGUUUCUCAGGGACAGGACUUGACAAUAUUGGAAGAAAUUUUGUCAAAAGCAAUUUCUUAGAACAAAAUAUAGACUGCUGGAUUGAAUAUAUACAGAGGACAGAAUAUAUUCACUUCAACUGAAUAUGACUUUUCCAUACUGUGUUAUGUGGUUGUUUUUUGUGUGCAGAGAAUACAACAAACUGUUUAAGUGCAUGACCUUAAUAUUUUAAAAAAUUCUGAGAACAUGAUGGUGGCUGGUUCACACAUUUACCCAGUUAGUGAUCCUCUUAAUCUGGUAGCAGAGCAGUGCAACCCCCUACAUCAAAAGUACUGCUUCUCAAACUUUUUGAACCAAGUCACCCCUCCAAAAUUUACUGGAGUUCUGGAGUUCACACCCCAGCGUCAAUAACUCAGUCUGUUCCAUACGUAAGCAUACAUAGAUCCUUGCACAAAUGGUAUUAGAAGAGGGACAGAACACAUGUCUUCCUAUAGUAGCUUAUUGAACCCCCUUCUUUCCAGAUCACAUUGGGAUGAUGCAGCAGUGAGUGCCUUCUGCCAAGGGGGCAUUUAAUCUACCCAGGUCCUGGUUGGUGAGAGCAGAAGCCACCACUAGCUUCAGAAUUCUAUCCCUCCUUGGAGCAUUGUGCUCCCCCUUCAGUAGGCCUACCACACUGCCAAAGAAAGUCUGUACUACACUUUGAGAACCACUAAACUAAAGUAAGGUAUAAGCAUGGGCACUCCACAUGGAGAUUAAUUUGUACAAUUCUUACCUGUCAAAAAGAGAGGAAAGGGACUAUGAACCACAGAGCAAUUCUAAUGAGGGGUGGUGAGAAAUGGAGCACCUGAUUCACCACAACAUCCAAAGCUCUGUCAGCUCCUGGAUUAGGCCCUUUGGGAGAUCUGACACCCUGUCCCACAAUGCCCUACUUUGGGCUUUCCACUGGCUACUGCCAGCAGUAGAUUGGGCCUCACUGGCACAGAGCACCCCUAUUAUCAUCACAUUCCACUGGUAGAGAGGUGACAGUUCUGUAUCCUAAGCCCUCCUCCCCAAGCCAUCAACACUGAGGGGUUAGAAUUGCAGCGCCAGCUGACAUGUGCAAGAGUCUCUACAUGAAACUAGCAUUACAUGUUACUUUAGGUGUGUGGUGGAGAGGGGCCACACAAAGAUGACGGCCAACCAUGUAAGUAUGCGAAGCAGCCCAGUGUUUAGUACAGCCUUUCCCAACCAGUGUGUCUCCAGAUGUUGUUGGACCACAA